AUUAUGUUUGGGGAUUAAAAUUGGAUAAUAGUACCAGGAAACGACUCAGUGAAGGUCGCGUGCCGGGCGCCGUGUGGCAAAUUUACCAGCCGACAGACACGGCGAAGAUCCGAGAGUUUUUGGAGAAACACCGCGAAGAUCACGAGAAUGGAGAGGAUCCGCUCCACAGUCAGGUAGAGUUCCUGACUGUAGAAUUCCAGCAGCGCCUGUUGAAGGAAACCGGAGUGGAAGGCAUGACUAUCGUCCAGUUCGCCGGUGAUGCGAUAUUCAUACCGGCUGGCGCGCUGCACCAAGUUUGGAAUUUAUACAGUUGCAUAAAGGUGGCAGAGGAUUUUCUUUCGCCGGAGCAUGUUAGUGAAUGCCUCCGUUUAGCCAACGAAUUUCGACAACUUCCGAUGCAUUUUCAGAAUAAAGCGGAUAAACUCCAGGUAAAAGCUACGUUAUUCCAGGCGGCGAAAGCAGUGUUGCCAUCUGCUCUGAGUGGGUACGCUUAACACGAUUUUCCUAUUUCUUUAAAUUCC